CUUGAUCGGAAUCGAACCUGGGACCCUUCAGUCUGCAGGCCGAUGCUCUAUCCACUGAGCCAUACCGGUUUCGGCGAGGCUAGAGGUUUGGAUGGGCUGUGAGUUCCAGAGGACUCUGCGAGUUGGACUAGGGUGAGACAGGGAGACUGCUGUAAAACAGGACCACCUACUGGGUGGCUUAAAACAACAGGAAUGUAUGUCCUCACCGGAUCCGGAAGCCAGAAGGCCAAACCGAGUGUCAUGGAGCUGAAAUCAAGCUGUCUGCAAGGCUGCUCUCCUUGGGCGCCCCCAAAGAUGGAUUAUCAAGUAACAGAAAUGGGAUCACUUUUCCCCUCAGGAAUUAAGAGGCAUGUGAAAGACAAAAGAAUGUCAAAGGCCGCUAAGUUGAAUGUUUCUCUUGCCUCCAAAAUCAAAACAAAAAUAAUAAAUAAUUCUUCUAUUUUCAAAAUAUCUUUAAAGCACAACAACAGGGCAUUAGCUCAGGCUCUUAGUAGAGAAAAAGAGAAUUCUCGAAGAAUGGCAAGUGAAAAGAUGUUAUUGCAAAAAGAAGUGGAAAAGUUGAAUUUUGAGAACACAUUUCUUCGCCUAAAGCUAAAUAACUUGAAUAAGAAGCUUACAGAAAUAAAAGCACAAUUGAACAAUAGUUUGCUAACCGCACUUGAAAUGAGCAAUUUUUCUGAGUUCCACCAGAGUCCCUUUCCACUCCCAGCCAGCAAGAAUAAACGGGUUAGUAAACAGUGCAUGUCGAUGCGUCUUCCAUUUGCAAGGGUUCCAUUAACUUCAAAUGAUGACGAUGAUGAUGAAGAUAAAGAGAAAACACAAUGUGACAACGAUUUUAUAUCAAAGACAUCAUCUGAUGUUCCUACUUCGGUAUCAACAAGACAAUCUUUAUCAGUUCAGUAUAAUUUGGAGUUAUGUCUUAAAGAAAAUCAAAAUGUGUGUGGUUUAGAUGACUCAGAACAGAUUUCUCCUAUUAUUGAUAUGCUUCCUAAAGAAAACUAUUCCCACUAUGAACAAAGUUCCAAGAGUUCUCUAAUGAGUGAGAUGGAAAAUUCCCAGCCUAUCAGUCACAAAAAGGAGAUACCAUCUUUUAAUAAUGUAACUAAAAGGAAAAAGCGUUCAUCAUUUCUGGAAUCAAAUAAUCCUUGUCCAGACGAUCCUUGUGUGACAGAUUUAAAUCAAGAAGGGAUUUCAAGCCCAGAAUUAAAUGGGAAUAAUAACAUAAAUGAUCAGACUAAUGAAAACAAUAUUAAAAUGCAAAGAAACAUACAGUGCCUUCCUGGCUCAUCUGAGUCUGCAAGUGAACCUACUGCAGAGUACAUGAAUCAAGUUCAGGAUAAUGAUGACACUCAGGGACAGAAAACUGUGUAUGAUACUGACAUGGAUUUAACUGCUAGUGAAGUUGUAAGCCAAAUAGUUACAGUUUCAAAAGGCACUAAAAAUAAAAGAAAUAAUAAACCAAAUGACUGUGGAACCAAAACUUUCAGGAAAGUGAAAGAUUCAAGCUCUGAAAAAAAGAGAGAAAGAUCAAAGAGACAAAUUAAAAAUAGUUCAGAAAUGAAUGUUGAGGAAAAGAUUGAAAAUGAACCAGAAAAAAGAGCUAUUGGCCUAAAUAACAAUGGGAAUUCAGAAGAUCCAAAUUCUAUCUUCAGUACCGAACAGCAGACUCAGUUGAACAAACGGAAGACAAUAACUCUUCAAAAUGACUUUGAUCAAGAUGACAGAGAAAGUACAGAGAAUGGGAAGAAGAAGAAGAAGAAGAAAAGAAUUCGUGUUACAAAUGAGGAAGAAGAAACAUAUUCCUCCCAAAAUUCAGAUAAGUUCCAGCAGGAGAGUAAACUUGACAUAUGUCUGACAUCUCUAGCUUAUGAUAAAAAUAAAGCAUCUAGACAGACAUUUGUGAUCAAUAAGUUAGAAAAAGGUCAGUUAUUCCUAAAUCAAAAGGAUCAAGAAACCAUUUCUGAAAACCUAGGAUUCACAAAUGAAUUUCAAACAGCUGACCUUGCCACCCAACAUAAUGGAAAUUUAUGUGAUUAUGAGACACAAAAUAAGUUGGAUUUGAAAAAGCAUGUGACUGAUUCCCAAUCUGUUCAGCAACAUGAAUCAAAAAUAAUUAAGAAGCAUAGGCAGAAAGCAAAUCGGAAAACAGAAAUAAUUUCUGGAAUGAACCAAAUAUAUGGGGAUAAUAACCAAGAUGUGCAUGGCCUAGAAAAGGGUAACUUUUCCAUCCACACCCAACCAGAUAAAGAAAUCAUCUCUGGAAACCUAGAUGUUUCAAAUGAGUUUCAAAAACCUGCUCUUCACCCCAACAAUAAUGGGAAUCUAAGUGAUUGUGAACCUCAGAAUGGGUUGUAUUUUCAAAAGUUGGUUACCGAAGCAUUUCCUGUCCAGCAAAAUAAAUCAAAAGCUAGUAAUCUUAGGCAGAGAGUAAAUCGGAAGACAGAAAUAAUAUCUGAAGUGAAUCAUUUAUGUAAAGACAAAAAUAUGUAUUGCACAGAAAAUGGUAACCCUUUUUGCCUAACCCAGAAGGAUAAAGAAAUCAUCCCUGAAAACCUAGAUGACCCAAGUGAUUUUCAAACACCUGCCCUUUCUACCAAAGUUGAUAGAAAUCUGUCUAAUUAUGAGACUCAGAAUAUUUUGGAGGUGAAAAAGCAUGCCAAUGAUAUGCAAACUGCUUGUCAAAAUGAAUCAAAAAUAGACAAGCUUAGGAAAAAGGUAUGUCGGAAGACAGAAAUAAUUUCAGAAAACCUAGUCCAUGAGAAUGAUAACAAAGAUACGCAUGACCCAGAAAAGGGUAACCUAUUUUCUCUAGCCCAAAAAGAUAAAAUCAUUCCUGAAAACCUGGAGGACUCAAAUGAUUUUCAGAUAGUUAAUGCUUCUCCCACAGGUAAUCAGAACCUCUGUUAUGAGACUGGAAACCUUUACUGGGAGAAAAAGCAGGCUACUAAGAUGCCACCUGCAAAGCCAAAUGGAUCCAAAAUAAAUAAGAGGCUUAAAGAUAAAGGAAGUAGGAAGACGGAAAUAAUUUCAGAAACGAACCAAAUAAGUGAGUUUAAUAAAGGUGUGCAUGACCCAGAAAAUGGUAACUUCUUUUCUCCAAUCCAAAAGGAUAAAGAAACUAUUUCUGUAAACCCAGAAGUCACAAAUGAAUUUCAAACAGCGUAUCUUUCUACCAAAGAUAAUGGAAAUUUAUAUGACUAUGACACCCUAAAUAUGUUGGAUUUGAAAAGGUAUGUAACUGAUAUACAACCUGCUCAACAGAAUGUUUCAAAAAUAAAUAGGCAGAAAGUGAAUCGGAAGACGGAAAUCAUUUCAGAAGUGCACCAGAUAUAUAUGGAUAAUGAUAAAGAUGUGCAUGGCCAAAAAAGCUAUACAAAAGACUUCAAUCUUAAAGUAAGUGAAUCUAAACAGAGACUUGAAUGCCAAAGCAUUAUCAGUGGAUAUUGUAUGGAAAUCAAUAGUAAUGAAAAGGAAAAUUGUGAGCAAAUCUCCAUUCCUUACAAACAAGGUAAAAAUCACGGGAAAGAAUCAUCAGGCAAGACAAAAAACAUUUUGGCAAAAAGUAAAAACAAAUCUAUUUUUCAGUUAACAGAUUCUUCACAGACAUCUCUCUCCUUAGAAUCAGAUUUAAAACAUGUCGAUAAUGAAGCAGAUUCUGAUUCUGGUAACCAAAUGGGACCACAUAAGAAUCCAAAGCAAAGCACAACUUUUAAUAAAAAAAGUGAUAUCCCCUUUGCAGAAGUGAUAAAAGGAGAGUGCCAGGUUAAAAGACGAAGUAAAAUGACAUCCAAAUCAAAGAAAAGGAAGACCUUAAUAGAUCCUUCUCCAGAGAGCCAUGAAGCAAUGCACACAAUAUCUGACAUCAGUCACGGACUGCCAGUUGGGUCUGAACAAGUAGAUGAACAAAAUUUGGAAAAUGAGAAAACUAAGCCAGACUUUUAUACAAAGAUAUUUAAUUCCUUAUCUCAGAUCUAUUCACCUAACGUACAAAAUCCUUCCCAUAACAGUGUUCAUGAGGGUUCGAGACCUUUGCAUAUUUCUUCCAGUAAAAUUUUGAUUAAAGAAAAUGUCCUGGAGAGCUCACCAGUCUCGGCAGUGAGUGCUGAUCUGCAGGAGGAUAUGACAGGGACGGCAAUUCAGGGCCCCCGGAGAACACACAAAUCAGGAGCAGGUGCUAGAACACUACAGGACUUGACAAAUACCAAUUUUGUUUCAAAUAACACUGCGACCUCUGAAAACAAAUCAGAAGAUCUUAUUUCAGAGCUGCCAAAACGAAGAAGGUGCACUCCUCUCAAUCUGAAAGAGCCAAGUCUCAGAGACAAAAUGAGAAGAUAAGGUGAAUUUAUGAAUUCUGGUUUUUCUAAAUUCUGAAACCUUGAUGAGUCAAAACAGGGAUAUAAUUAGAAGAGGAAAUGCAUGGAGUUUUUUUUUCUUUUCAUUUUCUGCCUUUUCAUGGAGUAUUGAUUUAUCCAUUUUAUGUUUAUAUAUGAGCAUAAUAUAGCUAUUUUGUAAUAUUACAUUGUACUAUAAAAUUUAAAAUCUUUUUUGUUAUUCUAUAACUUAUACUCCUGCUCAUACAACUUUUUCAAUGUAAUAGAUUUAACUAAACAAUAGUUGUUAACCUUUUAACCAAUAAAAUGUAUAAUAAAUACUUUUGCAGUGGUUAUCUUGAAUAUCAAGCUAACUUGUUUAGUUUUGUUUUCAAAUUAUUUAAUAUAUGUAAACACAUUUAAGAUUGUAAAAGUCUCCUGCGCUGGCCAGUUUUCUCACCC